AUGGAAAACUAUGAGCUUAGAAAGAAACGUGACAAAAUGAAUGAAACCUGGUUUAAUGAGACAUCGGAAAUUUAUUUGGAAGGAUAUUCUUUGUAUAAACGAAAAAGGGGGGAUGGGCGUAGAGGAGGAGGGGUUGCGCUAUAUAUAGAUAGCAACCUAAUAUCUUAUGAGGUAAACGAAGUUAUAUUAAAUAGAAGUAAAAUUGAACAAAUAUGGAUCAUUAUAGUUGCAAAUGAUAAAAAAUAUUUAAUUGGUUGCGUGUACAGACCAAGCGAACAAGUAGAUAUGCUUGAAAUGAGUCAAAUAUUCACAGAAGCUUGUGAAGAUUCUGUUGAAAAUGAAUUUAUUAAUAUUAUAUAUGAAUGUUUUUUGUACCAACACGUAUCAAUCCCAACCUUUCAAAAUGCACAAUAUAUUACAAAAAAUACCUUGGAUCUUAUAUUUACAAAAAACAAUGAACGAGUCUAUCAACUUGAGUCUAACCCAGUUCUAGGAAAUAUAAAUCAUGGGCAUUUGGUUUUAACUUGUAAAUUUAACCUUGAUGCUAUUGCAAUGGAAAAUUAUCCAAAGUAUAAAUUUGAUUACAGUAGAUGUGACUAUCCACAAAUAAGCCUAAGUAUUGAUAAAAUUGACUGGAAUUAUUUAUUUGAUGAGUUAUCAGUUCAAUAUAUGUAUGAUCUGUUUAUUGAAAAAAUUAGUCAAUCAUGUAAUGCUUUUAUUCCAAUAAUUGACGUAAAUUCAAGAAAGAAAAGAAAAAAUAAUCCAUGGUUUACUGUUGAAGUAAGUCUCCUAGUACGUUCAAAACAAAAUUUGCGUUAUCAAAAUUUAUCAUCGAACUGGAAAGAUUUGAAUAAAGUAAUGAAAUAUAAAAAUAUUUGCAAAACUGUGAAAAUAGAAUCGCGUAAAGCAAGAUGUUACUAUGAAAAUGAUCUUGUUGAAAAAUCAAAGGUAAAUCCGAAACUGCUAUAUAAAUAUGCGAAUAGUCAAAAAACGAUUAAACAAGUAAUUAAAGCAUUGAGAGAUCAAACUGGUUGCGUAACAAAUGAUCAAAAUGAAAUUGUUGAAAUUUUAAAUAAACAAUUUCAAGAUGUGUUUACCAUCGAAAAUUCUACAGAAGAGCUUCAACAAAUUGAGAAUUUAGGGGAUAUUAUUAUUGAUGCAGUUAAUAUAAAUUAUUUUGAUGGAGAUAAAUUAGAAGCUGCAAAUUAUAGACCAGUGUCAUUGACGUCAAUUACAUGUAAAAUUAUGGAAGGGAAGUCUUGUACAACAAACUUAUUAGAGGCGUUGGAUUAUAUUUCAUUUAAUUUAUCGAUUGGUAUUUCGGUAGAUGAAGCACUUUUAGAUUUUGUUAAAGCUUUUGAUUCUGUUGCUCACAAAAGACUAUUGAUUAAACUAUCUUCAUGUGGAAUUAGUGGUUUAUUAUUAAAAUGGAUUGAAGCUUUUUUAAAAAACAGAAUCCAAAGAGUUAUCCAAGAUGAUACAAAAAUUCUUUCAAAAGUGAAUGAAAUAAAUGUGGAAAAUAGCUUGCAAAAAGAUCUGGAUAGUGCAGAGGAAUGGUCUAAAAAGUGGCUCUUGGGUUUUAAUUCUAGUAAAUGUGUUAUAAUGCAUUAUGGUACAAAUAAUCCGCAAUUGAAAUAUACUUUAAAUGGUGUUGAACUGAAAGAUUCUGAAUGCGAGAGAGAUUUAGGUGUAUAUUUUUCAACAAGCUUGAAAUGGAAAAAACAAAUUAUAUCAAGUACUUCUAAAGCAAAUUCAAUGAUGGGUAUGUUAAAGAUGACAUUUUCACGAAUUGAUGCAAAAUUGGUUAAAACAUUGUAUAAGGUAUUUAUUAGACCUCUUAUUGAGUUUGCAGUACCUGUUUGGUCACCUUAUUUUAAAGGAGACAUAUCACUUUUGGAAAAAGUUCAACACAGGAUGACUAGAUUAGUUCCAUCAUUAAGGAAAAUUAAUUAUGAAAAGAGAUUGGAAAUAUUAGGUAUAUCUACAUUAAAAACAAGGAGGGAACGUGGGGAUUUAAUACAAGUGUUUAAGUUACUUAACAGAUUUGAGGAAAUUGAUUUAAUUAAUGAACCGAAGCUUAAAAUUGAUUCAAUUACUCGAGAUCACAAUCUUAAAUAUGAAAGAGAAAUUGUGAACUAG